AUGGAGCAGCCCCCGCACACACAGGGCUCCUAUGGGCACAAGGCUGAGGCCAUACAGGAGCUGCCACCAGUGCAAGAGCCAGAGGAUCCCCACGUUGCCCUGCCCAUGGGAGAGGACGUGGAGCUGCUGGAGUGUCCCCUGUGCCUGCUGCCCCAGCCGCCCGAAGCCUUUCCCAGCCUCGUCUCCUGCUCCCACCUCUCGUGCCGGAGCUGCCUGCAGCAAUACCUGCGUAUCGCCAUCACUGAGAGCCGUGUCAGGGUGGCCUGCCCGCACUGCCCCGCCGCGCUGCAGCCUGCUGACAUCCACAGCCUCCUGCCUGAGCCUGCACUACGGGAUAAGUACGAGGAGUUCCUCUUACGGAGGCUGCUGGCAGCUGAGCCGGGCACCCGCUGGUGUCCCGCACCGGACUGCAGUUACGCUGUCAUUGCCUAUGGCUUUGCUGAGUGUCCUCGCCUCACCUGUGGGCGUGAGGGCUGUGGCACCGAGUUCUGCUACCACUGCCGGCAGCUCUGGCACCCCGAUGGGCCCUGCACAGCAGUGCCGCUGGCCUCCAGCCUCACCAGCCCCUCCACACAGCUGGUUUACACAGAGGACUCUGCCAACGCUGAGGCUGAGGACAUCAAGGUCUGUCCCCGCUGCAGUGCCUUCAUUAUGAAGAUCAACGACGGGAGCUGCAACCGCAUGAACUGCACAGUGUGUGGCUGCCUGUUCUGCUGGCUCUGCCUGCAGGAGAUCUCUGACGUGCACUUCCUGAGCCCAUCUGGAUGCACCUUCUGGGGUAAGAGGCCCUGGUCAAGAACCCGGAAAAUCCUGUGGCAGCUGGGCAUGGUGCUGGGGGCACCUAUGGUGAUCUCCCUCGUCGCAGGCAUUGCUGUGCCUGUCAUUAUCAUCGGGCUUCCCAUCUACACGGGUAGGAAGGUGUUGGGCCAGAGCCGGAGGAGCAGCUUGUCACCAUGUCAGCAGUGCUUCUCUGUCACCAGCGGCGUCCUCCUCUCUCUCUUUGUGUCCCCCAUCAUAACAGCUGUCACAGUGGGCAUUGGCGUGCCCCUGAUGCUCACCUAUGUCUAUGGAGUGGUAGUGCUGUCUCUGUGUCGGAACCGCAGUAGCUGUGGCCGCAACCAACCUGGGGACCUCGGUGUGGUGGAACUGGAGAACCUGACCAAGCUGAAUGAGCUGUGGUCAGUGCUGCCCAGCCCCAAGGCUGUUGAGGAUGGAGUCCAAGACACAGCCAACUCUUUCCCCAGCAGCAGCCACAGCCCACACCCCAGGGUGAUGUGGAAGGAGCAGGACGGCCACUCAGCCAGCACCGUGGCCCUCGCAGGGAGCACACUGAGCGAUAUGUCCUACAGAGAAGGCAUCAACAUCGAGGUGGAAGUCGCGAUUGAAUCAGUGCCGCAUCCCACCCGGGAGCAGAGCCUGUGCAGCCCGCAGUCAGGGCAGUCUCUCUCAGGGGACUCCCUGGGGGGCACCAGCGACAGCUGCAGCGUCACAGGCGGCCCAGCGGAGUGAAGAGGACGGCAGUGAGCUGGGAGAGCCCUGAGCUGCAGAGCACCCAUCAAUAUGAAGAGCCCACGCUCUCCCCCUUUGCGGCCCUGGACGCCCUCUGUGUGCCAUCAGCAGCCCUGGGGAUUGGAUCUGGCUGUCCCCGGACUCAGCAGACCCUCACCCCACACUCAGCACUGCCUGCUCCCUGUUGUAUCCAUCCCAUCGCACCUCUUCCCCAAAGGCAGGCUUGAGCAUUGGCGCUGCUGAGAAAUAAAAGACUCCAAGUGUCA